CUUUGUUAAUCACCAUGCAUAGAUCCAACAAAGCAGGUGGGGGAUCUCAAGGCCGUUUGUCAAGAUCCUUGGAAUUCAAAAUCGCCAAAUAUUUUACACAAUACAAAGAACAAGGCAAAAAUGAUUGGACUUUGGUAACUCUUGUAGAUCAUGUUCAAACUGUUGAUAGCUCAUUACGACGUAUGAAAAAACGACAAUUAGAACAAGCUAUUGAACGAGUGUUAGAAAACUUUGACCCUACUCUAUCUGAUGAAGAAGACGAAGAAGAACUAAAACUGUCCGUAGAUGAAGACGAUCAUGCUGACUAUGCUAUACCUGCCCAAGACAACAAUGCCAUGAACAAGUCGGUUACCAAUUUAUGGAAUAUGCACAAACCAAGUUCAUCACAGCCUAGCUCGCCUGCUGCGACCACCAAUACCAUCACUUCUUCGGUAAACGAGACUUCAACUGAUACGAGAAAUGAAACUGCAACCACGAAUGAGGGUGCGACUAUUGAUGAUACAAAAUUAACUGGGAAACGACGAAUCAAAGGAUCAGGUGCUGGUGCAAUUAAAAGACAAAAAGCUGAAGGACGUGAAGGUGCUUUUAUUCCUAAUGCUAAGCUAUCCGAUCUUGGUGGUAUCGAUCAAUGUAUUGAAGAAAUCAUGGAACUUAUUGCGAUGCCUUUGGCUCAUCCUGAAGUAUAUAUUCAUACUGGUGUUCAACCUCCUCGUGGUGUCUUAUUACAUGGUCCUCCUGGUUGUGGUAAAACUCGAUUAGCUCAUGCCAUUGCUGGGGAAUUACAAGUACCUUUCAUUAAUAUUUCGGCUCCUUCCAUUGUAUCUGGCAUGUCUGGUGAAUCCGAAAAAAAGAUCCGAGAUGUAUUUGAAGAUGCAAAGGCAAGCGCACCUUGUCUCCUGUUUAUUGACGAAAUUGAUGCCAUUACUCCAAAACGGGAAACAGCUCAAAGAGAAAUGGAACGACGAAUUGUAGCACAAUUAUUAACCUGUAUGGAUGAUCUCUCGUGGGAAAAGACCAACAACAAACCUGUUAUGAUCAUAGGUGCAACCAAUCGUCCUGAUUCACUGGAUGCUGCUCUUCGACGUGCUGGAAGGUUUGAUCGUGAAAUCAGUAUGGGAGUACCAGAUGAAAAAGCUCGUGAAAAGAUCUUAUCAGUAUUGUCAGGCAAAUUACGGUUGGAAGGUGACUUUGAUUUCGCUGAACUCGCCAAAGCUACUCCCGGUUAUGUAGGUGCUGAUUUACAAGCAUUGAUCACUACAGCUGAUGAAACAUCUGCAACGGAUUUGGUCACCAGUAUCACAAAUGCGAAUGAACAAGGCGAGAAUGGGACUAAUUCGAUAACUACUACAAUGGGACAAGAAACUACGACUUUACAGCCAUCAAUCAUACCCAACAACACUGAUGAUAACAAAACAACAACUGAAGACAAAGCGAUCAAAACAACAACAGUAGAGGAAUUCGAAUCACAAUCAGCAUUAGAACAACUUCGGGCGAUCUCUGAGUUUAUCCAGUCACACAAAGAACCAUUAUCACCAGCUCAAUUGGAAUCAUUAGCAAUUACACAAGAUGAUUUUAAGAUUGCAUUGACCAAGGUACAACCAUCAUCCAAACGAGAAGGAUUUGCAACUGUGCCGGAUGUAUCAUGGGAUGACAUUGGAGCCCUACAAUAUGUACGUGAUGAAUUACGAAUGGCGGUAGUAGAACCUAUCAAUCAUCCCGAGUUCUUUGAACGUGUGGGUAUCACAUCACCUGCCGGUGUAUUAUUAUGGGGUCCUCCUGGUUGUGGUAAAACUUUGUUGGCGAAGGCUGUGGCAAAUGAAAGUAAUACCAAUUUCAUCUCUGUGAAAGGUCCAGAAUUAUUGAACAAGUAUGUUGGUGAAAGUGAACGUGGUGUACGUCAAGUAUUUGCGAGAGCAAGAGCAUCUGCCCCUUGUGUGAUUUUCUUUGAUGAAUUAGAUGCAUUAUGUUCUAGACGAGAUGAUCAACAGACUGAUUCAUCAGCUCGUGUAGUCAAUACAUUACUUACCGAAUUAGAUGGUGCGGAAAACCGAAGUCAAGUCUAUGUGAUAGCAGCCACCAACCGACCAGAUAUGAUUGAUCCAGCUAUGCUUCGACCUGGACGGUUGGACAAAUUAUUAUAUGUAGAAUUACCUACUCCUGCAGAACGAUUAGAUAUUUUGACCAAAUUGACCAAAAAUACUCCAUUAUCAUCCGAAAUCUCCUUACGAACUGUUGCCGAUGAUGAAAGAUGCGAAGGCUUUAGUGGUGCUGAUUUGGCAUCUUUGGUACGGGAGAGUGCCGUAGCCUCUUUAAGAAGCAAGUUUUAUCAACAUGGUGUCACUGUAUUGGACAAAUCUGCUAGUGCUGAUGACAUUUUCGUCACCAUGGAUCAUUUUAAUACAGCCUUUACCCGAGUCUCUCCUAGUGUUUUACCUCACGACAAACGACAAUACGAUAAGCUUCGACAAAAGUUUGGAUAGGACAAUGAUGACUCUACUCUGUGCUUCUUCAGCAUCAUUAUUUUUCAACUUUUUUUUUUCUAUUAUGAUUUUUAUCGUGCAUUUACCUCUAUUUUUUUUUUUUUUUAUUUCUCAUCCAUCCAUUACAUUGAACUUAGAAUAUUAUUAGAUUCAUUCACAAAUACAUAUCUCUUCUUUUAACUUAAUAAAAAUUAUUUCUACCCAAUGAAAA